CGUCGUGCACCGUUCGAGUAGUACGUGUCGGAGUGUUGCUCUGAUUAAUUUUCAAUUUUGAAUCUGAGUCUUGUUGGAUUAUUAUGGUUUUCAAGGUGUUGAAGUAAACAUUGAUUUCUUUAUGUUUACCCACAAAUGCUGGGAUAUACUUCCUACAGGGACUGGACAGGACCGGGGUCUGGUGCCCAGCAGCAGUUGUCGGUCGUGACCACGGUGUGGGGAGUGAGCACCACGACGCAGUCGGGCCCCCACGGGGGCGCCUAUACGGGCGGCCCGACGCCCAACGCGAAUCCUAACUACAUUGGAGGACAAGGCACUGCAGGAAAAGUGCAACAAGGAGGCUAUCAAGGAGGAUACAGGCAAAACGUACCGCCAGGGGUCGGUGGAUAUGGUGCAAGUAAUGUUAUGAAUGGUGGUGACCAAGGUUACGGAAGCGGAAACGCACUUAGUACCGCCGCAAUGGUAGCAGCAGCGACAGCUACAGCUACCGCCACUGCCAGUGUGGUAGCGCUGCAAGAUAAUUCUCAAUUCAAUAAUCAACAGUACCAGCAAAGCUACCAACAGCGAAUGAUGGGCAUGAACGGAAUGAAUGGCAUGAAUCCCAUGAACAUGAACAUGGGGGGCAUGCACAACAACAUGAUGAGCAAUAUGGGACCUAAAAUGGGAAUGCAAGGCCCAGGACCAAAUUCUAAUUCAAUGUACCCCAGAAGAAUGACCCCUUACCCCUCGCCAGCAAUGCACAUGAACCAAAAACGAGGCGCGCAACAGAAUUACCCCAAUUCAUGCCCCACCAUGAAUCCUAACAUGAGUCCUAUGAAUCCCUCUAUGAAUCCUUCUAUGAAUCCUUCUAUGAACCCUUCCAUGAACCCUUCUAUGAACCCCUCUAUGAACCCUUCUAUGAAUCCCUCUAUGAAUCCCUCUAUGAACCCCUCUAUGAACCCCUCUAUGAAUCCUUCUAUGAAUCCCUCUAUGAAUCCUUCUAUGAAUCCAAGUAUGAGCGCUUCGAUGAACCCUUCCAUGAAUCCCAGUAUGAAUCCUAACAUGGCCGCCUCAAUGAAUCCUAAUUUUAACCCCAAUGGUCAGUACCCCUACAAUAGCACAAGGCAGCCAACUUUCAGCCAGUAUCCCUCACAGCAAACACUAGGUCCCUCAAACAACUUUGGGCCCGGCAGUAUGAUGUCCAUUGGCACGCCCAGGCAAAUGAGGCAAGCCACUCCACCAUACACCAACCAAGGACAGUAUUUUAACGGAGGAUCGAUGAACCAGUUCCCAUCCAACAAUUCUGGCCAGUAUAACAUGAGCAGUAACGCUAGCGGCACCAACCAGUACGGUACCAGUUCCUCGGCACAGUUCCAACAAGACGUAUCCAUGAGAAAUAACAUGAGCUACCAGCACAGUCCCAUUCCGGGUAAUCCUACACCUCCUCUUACUCCAGCCAGCAGUAUGCCGCCGUAUAUUAGUCCGAAUCCCGAUGUCAAACCUAACUUCAGUGAAUUGAAGCCUCCUUUACCUUUGCAAAAUGAUGAAUUGAGGCUAACUUUCCCGGUUCGAGACGGUAUAAUCCUACCUCCAUUUAGGCUAGAACACAAUUUGGCUGUCAGUAACCAUGUUUUCCAGCUGAAACCGACCGUACACCAAACCUUAAUGUGGCGGCAAGACCUAGAACUACAGCUCAAGUGCUUCCACCACGAAGAUAGACAGAUGAAUACCAAUUGGCCUGCUUCUGUACAGGUUUCUGUCAACGCAACGCCGUUGAUGAUUGAUAGGGGGGAGAAUAAGACGUCACACAAACCUUUGUAUUUGAAGGAUGUGUGCCAACCUGGAAGGAAUACGAUACAGAUUACGGUCUCAGCUUGUUGUUGUUCGCAUCUUUUUGUUCUUCAACUGGUUCACAGGCCGAGCGUCCGGUCUGUACUCCAAGGCCUUUUAAGAAAACGACUACUUACUGCUGAUCAUUGUAUUGCUAAAAUCAAAAGGAACUUUAGCAAUACUGGAGCUUCUAACGCUGGAACUGGUGAUAGGGACGCUGUUGAACAAACAGCUCUGAAAGUUUCUGUGAAGUGUCCUAUAACGUUCAAGAGGAUAACAUUGCCUGCAAGAGGGCACGAGUGCAAACACAUACAAUGCUUCGACCUGGAAUCGUAUCUUCAAUUGAACUGCGAGAGAGGUGCUUGGCGGUGUCCAGUAUGCAAUAAACCUGCGCAAUUGGAAGGAUUAGAAGUCGACCAAUACAUGUGGGGUAUUCUUAAUACCUUAAGCACAUCUGAGGUAGAAGAAGUCACUAUUGACAGUUCUGCUAACUGGAAAGCUGCUAAGGUACAUAUACCUGGAAUCAAGAUGGAGGACGAGAGCAACGAUUCUUGUAGCGCGAGUAAACGAAAUAAGGCCAUGUCGCCGGGCAGCAUGACUCUUCCGACUAUGAACAACUGGGAUAUGCAAGCCAUGUCGCCCUACUUACCUCCAGACAUGAACAGCAUCGCCAGUGGUUCCAUGAUGAAUGGAGGACCGCCUGCGUACGGCAAUUCAUAUUCGGGAAGCAACGACUACUUAAGCGGAAACGGUCCAUUGUCGCACCUCAGCGAGUCUGUCAAUUCUUUGGAUCCGCUGAAUGCCAUGGAGAAAAGCCUCAAUGAACAGAUGCCUCACACACCUCACACGCCUCACACCCCGCACACGCCUCACACUCCCGGGGGCGGUACGCCGGGUUCGGCACACACGCCUGGCGGCGGUACGACUGGUCCUCCGAGCGUUCCACCAGCCACUUCCGAUUCUCACAAUACCAGCACCGGUUCUAAUAAUGGUACUUCUGGAAGUGGUUCUAACGGUGGCGGAAACAAUGACAGUUCGAUACCGGAAAUACCCUCAGAUCUCAACUUCGACCCAGCGGCGGUUAUCGAUGGAGAGGGGACAGGACAGGAGGCACUAAAUUUACUGCCCGACAGCGUUGACCCAAUGGAACUUCUAUCCUAUCUGGAUCCUCCAGACCUAAACACACCGCCUUCUAGCGGUAGCAGUUCCGGUCAAGCCAAUACGUCGGCAAAUGACGAUAUCCUAGCCCUCUUCGAAUGAGCUGCGCCCAUUGGGAAAAUGGUAAAUUAAUACGGAGAGAAAUAUGACCAGAUACUGCGUGAAAGUAACGUCCAAUUUCCUAACGCAUAAUGAAUGGACGUCAUCUAGGUCAUCCUCCAUAAAAGAUAGCCUGCUAUCUUGCUCUAAUGCACUCAUUCGAGAUUACUCUCUAUUUCUUUCUCACUGCUCUGAAGAACAAUGCGAGUGAACAAGUGUGAUAUCCUAAGGACGAUGAUAAAAAUCGUGUAUUAGUUAGAAUAUUUGAUGAAAAAAGGUCUAAAUCAAAUUUAUAUUGUAAAAAUUUGUAAAUAUUGUUGAGGAAAAAUUCGUGGCAGAAUGAUUUUAUUCUAUUGGUUCGAAUAAAGGCGAGGUUGAUUUGUUUUAGGGAAAAGUGGUAUUUUCGGCGUUUUCUUGUAAAGAAUCAAAACAUCGAUGCAUUUACAUUUUGGAAUUUUUUCCAUUAGAUUUUUCUCUUUGUCUUCACUUAAGGAUAGAAUUUGAAUUUGUAAAUGUUUUAUUUAUUAGUAAAUUAACAAAAUUCAUUAUAACAAGUGACUUGAAAGUGUUACUACCAACAUUGCACCAAGAAUACCACUAAAUAAGCUCUUAAAACUGAAAAUUUAGGGAAUACCUGAUGAUCGGUACUAUAAUUUUACAAUAUUUGUAAAAUCUUGUUCAAGAUCAGUAUUUUUUAGAAAAAUUGAUCGAUUUAUAUAUAACGUUUGAAUGUAUAUAAAUUUGAUGAGGUACAAACUUAGAACUAUUUUCUCUUACCUUUUUUGUAGGAGGUAAUAAAAAUGUGUCAAUAAAGUAGUAAUAUGUGGGGUACUUACUAGUAUAAAAUCAAUAUGAGAUGGCCUGUUAUAUAGUCCUUAGAUAUGAUCAGCUCAAAAAAAUUUGGGAGGGAUUUGUUGUAAAAAAAUGUUUAAAUUUGGUUUUUAUAGAUAUAUAUUUUUGGAUAUUACAUAUUUUGAUUAAAAAAUACAAAAUUUUAAAAUGAUGAUUAUAGUAUUUAGAGCUGAUUCUAAUUAUUUAAAAUGAAAGCUUAUCAGGAAUUGUUACAGUAAAUGUAUUUUUUGUUGAACUGUAAUACCUAAUAAAUUAGUUUGAAUUCGAGAACUAAAAUUCCUAGUUCAAGCUGUGGUUUACUAAAGCAAUUCCUUUUAAGCAAUUUUAAGCAAUGUAUAAGGUACCAUUUGCAUUUUUUUUAAUCGAAACCAAUGGAAUAAAACGACCAAUAAAAAACACAAAAACGAAGACGGCCAGUUUAAUAUAUAGUAUUAUAAACUAAAAGAACAACAUACUUAUAGUAGAAAAUUUGGAACCAAAAUUUAGGUACCUACUAUUAGGACUGUUCUCGGUCAUUUUUUGCAUCUCAAUGUGCAUAGGCUUCAAGUAUUAUUACGCUGUAAAGAAUUCUGUGAACCUUUUAUAGUAAGUCAGACAUGACACCUUCAAGGAAGCAAAAAAAUGGCUACCCUCAACAUUGUAGCUACCACAAAAACAAAACAUUUAAUUUACCCUAAGAGCUCGUUCAGGCACAUUGGAAACUGACCCUAGUCUACUGACAAGUGAUAGUUUUGACGUAAGUUAUUAUAUUCACUAUUAUUUUUCAAUUAACAAAAAGUUGUAGAUUAUUAAUUCAGAGCAUUGAAUAAUUAUUUUAUGUAGAUUAUUGUUGAUAGAGACUUUUACAAUAGUCUACGGAUUGGGAACUUAUAUUUAAAUUUAAGGAUAAUGCCAUUCUAAAAUCAAAAUUUCAUGACAAAUAUUACUGUAUUAUACUUGUGCCAUUUUAAUCGAUAGAUGCUCAAAAACUGAACAAUCUCAAUUACAAAUUAAUUUUAUAACAAAAAUAUACAAAUUAUACAGUCUAAUUAAGUCGGCAUAAUAUGGGAAACUUUUUUAUUAUUAGUUUUAUGCAAAAAUUCUAUUCUUCAUAAAAAGUUCUACAUGGUCUAAAAUACAGACAGAUAUUCAAAUUUUUCAGUCUUAUAAGAGAUUUGUAAAGAGUAAAGUACCUUUAUUUUUAACUAUAUCGAAAAUUGUUAUUAAGAAAAGUUGAUCAGAUUUAAAAAAUACAGCCAGAUAUUCAUUUUUUGUAUAUUUUUUGUUUAUAAAUUCUAAUUAGUUUUGACGUUUACUUUAAAAAAUUGGUCAUUGCAUCCUAGACUAAAAAUCAAUUUGAUUUAGUUUAAAAAUUAAACUGGUGUUUUGACGAUAACUUUAAAUAUCAAUGUGUAGACAUACACUAUGAAUUUGUUUUUCAUGUUAGAUGGAUAAUAUUGGAUAUACGAUUGUAGUUUUAAAUUCUAAUCAACACGUCAAUAUCGUUAAAAAUAAAGAUAGAUACUUUACUCUUUCAUAAAAUUCAUAUUUUUCGACAAAUCUUCUACACAACCUGAUGGUUGUAAUUUGCGUUUUGGACUAAGCAGAACUUUUUAAAAGGAAUAACUUUUUUUUAUAAAACUGAUAAUUUUCUCAUAUGGUGCCACCUUAAGUAGACACACUGUAUAAAAUCUUAUAUAGUGAAUAAGUAGAAAAUAACAGUUUUAGCCUAGAUUAUCAUAAUUUGAGUUGGUUGCUAGAGUGAAGCUCAAAAUGGACCAAAUAUCUUUAAACCUUCAUAAUGUUAUACAUUAUGACAUUUGACUUUGACAUAUUUUAUCGUAAUUGACCUCGAAUUUUAACAGUUCUGUUAAAAAAUACGUUUUGAGGUAUUUACUAUCUUGAUGGUAGCCUUGAGUUGUUAUAUUGUUUGUAUUUUAAACACAAACACCACAUAUAAUAUUUUUUAAAGAGAACUCUGAUAAGACUGUGAUAUGAAGUUUAAGUGUAAGUAAUUUUAACAUAUUCAAUUAUUGUAUAUUUAAACUAAUGAUUAAAAUUAGCGAAAAAAUAUUAUGUUAUAUAGUGGACUUUGUGUAAAAUAUCGUUUAAAAUUUGAUGUGAUAGAAAAUAUAUUUUUGGUGAAAAAAUUGAUAGCGUUUUAUUUAUUAUUGGGGGUUUUAUGAUGUUUUGGAUAAUUAAUUUUGCAGAAUAUUUCAUUUAAAAUAUUGACAAUCAAAAAUGGCUUAUAUAUGUCAAUUACGAAUUUUUUAUUUCGAAUUUUAAAAUUUAUUAAUGAAACACAUAUUUAUUCAAUAAAUUCUGCAAAAACUAUUUCUAUUAUAUUUCCAAAUAGUUAUGAAACGCCCUGUACAUACCUUAAAUGUGUCUGUCUGUAAUAGUAUCUGAUGUAUAGGGUCCAAGUUCCUAACAAUUAAUAAUUUUUAAAGGUUACUAAUGAAAAAAAUAUAUAUACGAGGUUCACAUGAAUUUUUAUAUAAUUCUAAAUGCCAAUACAAAUAUAAAAAAUUAAACUCAUUCUAAACAAACUUAGAGGAGACAUAUAUGUCAAUAAGCUGUAAUAUUAUAAGUAGAAAAAUUAAACAGCUAUUUAUUUAAAGUUUACACAAAUAUUACACGAAUAUUUGACGAUUUUACCACUACAGUUGCUUCCAAGUUGUAAACUUUUUAUAAAUAAAACGGUAUAAAAAUAUGCCAAUAAUUUGUUUUAGGUUUUAAAUGAUAAAGAACCCUGCAACGUACACAUGCGACAAAUUAUUUUGAGGAAAGAAUCAAAAAUAUUUUUUUGUGCCUUUUCAAUUAUCAAAUUACACAAAAAAUGAAAAUCGAACGAAAUAAUCAUAGUUAAUGAAUGUUGUUUUAAAAUAAGCGGUAGUUUUUGUUAUAUAAGGUGAUUCUAAAUAAAACUGCCAAAAUAAUAAUGUAAACAGAUUUAAAAAUAAAAAUACCCACCCGUAUUUUUUUAAGUUGAGAAAUCGAAUUAAUAAGAUAUUAAACCGGGCUUUAAACGAAGCUCUUAAAACAUUUUUUUUUAUUCUAAAAAACUACUGAAUCGAUUAGUGUUAAAUUUUAAGUGUGUUAACCACUAAGACCGGUUUCAACAUGAGUUUUCAAUUUUUGAUAAAGGACGUCACUUGCUUCCAUGUCCAAUUGCUUUUUCUCAGCGUAAGACUAUGUUAUUUUUUUCAAUAUUCUUAGUCACAAAAGAAAUGAAUUGUGAUUAAGAAUAUUAAAAAUUUCGAUAGUGUUACACUAAGAAAAGCUAUAAAACAUAAAAAAAUAUUUUUUUGAUUAUUUCUGAAAAAAUUGAACAAUCAAAUGAAAUUUCUUAAAAAUUAAACAAUACAAUUAAUAUUGUCUGCAUAUAUUUUGUGUAAGGUUCUUUAUUAAUAAAUCUUGUAAAAAUAAUCAAAAUCUUUUCAUUUUAAAAGAGGACCAAAGGCCUAGUGAAAUAUAAAAAAAAAUUGUUUAAAAUCAAAAUACCAGCUCAAUGUUAAAAUUCUUCAUAAUAUAUAAAAUCUGAAUCGUAAAAUGAAAUUUUGUAAUGGGUAGAUAAUAAAAAAUACCUGAUUUGAAAAUAAAAAUAUAUCAUUUUAUAAUAAAUUAUUCAUUAUAUUUGUCCCUUUUUAAAAUUUAAAUGAGACAUAAUAUACCUAUUAAAAUUAUUAAUUCUGGAAUGAGAAAAGUAAAUAUUGGGAAUAUGAAAUCAUUUUAUCCAGUCUUUGUUGGCAUAUAGCUAUGAUAAAAUUUUCACAAAAUACAAUUAUCAAGAGUAAUACCACACGAGGUGAGAAUUUUUGAGAACAUUUUGUUGUUUCCUACAAAUUAUAAAAAUUUCACUCAAUAAAAUCCUCCCGAAAUACCACUCGACUGAUGUUCACCUCUCGUGGUAUUUGGAAAGACUAUUUAACAAUAUAAACAGAACGUUUAAGUACAAUUUAAUGUUAAUUUUAUUUGUUUAAAUAAUUUACAUUAAUAUUUGAACAAACAAAAUUUAUGUUUAUUUCUCGUCACCUUUUUGACUUCUCAUUGACGUUUCGCAGGAUAUAGUAAAAAUACUGAAACUCUCAGUGUUGGAAAAAAGAGGAUUCUCAUUGGUUGAUGUAUUAUAGUGUUAAAUAAUCUUCUAAAUGGUGAGAAAUGGAAAGAAUCAUAUAGGAUCUACUAAAUUGAAUCCAAAUUAAAGAAUUCACAUUGUUCAUUAUUAAUAAAUAAUUGUUAAUAAACUUCAAAGAAAUAAAUUAAAAUGAUUUGAUGAUAGAUCAAAAAUAUAUAACAUGAUAUAUAUUUAAAUAUACAAGAAAAAUACUAAUUUCUGUAAUUAGACCAAAACUGUUUAACAUAUCAUUUUGUUCUUUUUGGACCAAUAUUGUAACAUUUAAUUUUGAAAUUUUCGAAUACGAAAUAUUUGUAAACCACUUAAAAGAAUUAACAUAAAAUUAUUGGCAUUUUUAUAUUCAUUUUGUAUGAGAACUUAUAAGUAUAGAAAAAAUUAUUCAAGUAGUCGAAAAUGAACUCUGUAUGAUUUUGCUGUUGUAUAUAUACUGUACAUUGAAUUAAGAAAUAUUAUGUCUAUGCAUUAAUUUAUGUGUUUUACUACAAUCCCUUUUUUGCCUCCAUAAGCCAGCACAAAAUUCUGGAAGAAUUAUUAACCGCAAGUAAGAAACAAUUUAAAAAAAAAUUAAAUAGUAUAUUUGACUCGCUACUUGUAAUAGUCACUUGUAUGUAGAUAGGGGGUACACCUCGGCAAAUAUCACACC